AGCGCGUGGCGGGGUGAGAGGUGAAAGAUCAGGCGGGGCGGCAGGAAGAUGGCAGCGCUGGUGGCGGUUGCCGGGCGGCGGACGCGGACGUAGUGGAGGGCAAUGGCGGCGCGCUGCGGCUGAAGACGCCCUCCGGCUCCCUUCCCCUCGGCGACCCGGCUCCCCCCCGCUGCCCCGCGCGCGCGCUCCAGUCGGUCGGUCGGCGGCGUCCAUGAGCGGGGCGGGCGGGCUGGCCUGGCGCGCGCUGCACGCCCUGCUGCGGGCCCUGCUGUGCCUGCAGCGCGCGCUGCUGUGCUGCCUGCGCGGCCGCGCCGCCGCCGCCGGGCCCCGCGCGUGGCUCUGGCGCCGCGCUGCCGCCGCCUCGCGCGCCCUGCUGGCCCCCGCCGCCCGAGCGCUCUCCUUCCGCCAGGCCCGGCGGCGGCGGCCCGGCAGCGCCGCGCAGAGCCGGCAGCGCUGGCGAUCGGACGGGCGGGCCCUGCGGAAGCUGCCGGUGCACAUGGGGCUGGUGGUGACGGAAGAGGAGCCGAGCUACGCGGACAUGGCGAGCCUGGUGGUGUGGUGCAUGGCGGUGGGCAUCUCCUACGUCAGCGUCUACGACCAUAACGGUAUUUUCAAGAGGAAUAAUUCAAGAUUGAUGGAUGAAAUUUUAAAACAGCAGCAAGAACUCUUAGGACUGGAUUUCUCGAAGUACACAGUGGAAUUUGCAAAUCAAGACAAAGAUGAUCAAGUUUUAAAUUGCCAAUCUACAUUGAAGGUGCUGUCUCCAGAAGAUGGAAAAGCAGACAUAGUAAAAGCUGCUCAGGACUUUUGUCAGUUGGUAGCACAGCAGCAAAGAACACACACAGACCUGGAUGUGAAUGUUUUAGACAGCUUAUUAAGCAGUACAAAUGGAUUUCCUGAUCCUGAUUUAGUCUUGAAGUUUGGUCCUGUGGACAGCACGUUAGGAUUCCUUCCAUGGCACAUCAGACUGACAGAAAUCAUUUCUUUGCCUUCCCAUCUGAACAUCAGUUACGAAGACUUUUUCUCUGCCCUCCAUCACUAUGCAGCCUGCGAGCAACGCUGGGGAAAGUGACUUCUGGCUGAGCACAUGGGGUCAGGCUUUCUGUGGGAAGGAGUCGAUGUCUGUUUACAAGCACCUGUGACCCAUAAGUCUGGUUCAUAGUCCUUUCUUAAUUUAUCAACGAAUUCAAUAAAGUGUCUUACCUUUCUAGAGA